AAGACACAUGUACGGUUUAGCGUUUUUGAAUGAGAACAGAAACAUAAAUUUCGAAAUAAAUAAAAUUGAAAGUGCUAAGAGCGAAGAAAAUUUCACAACAGUAACUAUUGUGUAGUUAAAUUGGUUGAAGCAGUGAACCUUGAAUUGAUGAAAAUCUAAAAAGUGUUAAAUGUAAUUUGCGUACAAAUUUUGGUAAAUUUAAACCAACAGAAAAACAAUAGAUACUGAAGUGCAAGUGCGCAACCAAACGUGUUUAAGUCGCAACAAGUGCUCCAAGUAUUAGACUCUAAGUCGCUUUUGAGUGCUAAAAUAAUUUAAAAUUUUAAAUUACAUACACAUACACAAACAUACAUAUUACAAAAACUACUGAUAAAAGAAACAAAAUGCGUCCAUUCGGCAACGAUAUCACUAAUAUUGCUAACAACAAUGGCAAUGGCAAUGGUGGUGCAAACAAUAACAACAACAACAACAAUAACAACAACAAUAACAACAUCAACGGAAUUGGCACUGGCAGUGAACACAAUGGUGGCGUGCAUAUAACUGACGAUCCUCGUGUACCUCCACACAUCGCUCGUAUGGGUGGCAUAGUGACUUGUUCACCGAUUGCUGGGCGCGGUGUGAUACGCGUGGUGGGCCGCUGCGAGGAUGCCAAGGAGAACAAUAUGUUGGACUUAUCGGAGUGUCAAUUGGUGCAGAUUCCGGAUGCAGUUUAUCACUUGAUGCGCAAUACUCAACUGAAGACCUGUGAUCUCAGCAGCAAUGUAAUCAAGAAGAUACCGGCGAAGUUCGCAAUCAAAUUCAGCCUCAUUACAGAUCUAAAUCUUUCACACAAUCAAAUGGCAAAAUUGCCUGAUGAACUGGCCGACUUAAAUGCUUUGGCGCGCUUGAAUAUUUCACACAAUUCCUUUAUUGUGUUGCCACCAGUUGUGUUCAAAAUGCCCAAGCUGCGUGAAUUGGAUGCCAGCCACAACGCCAUCAUAGAAAUCGAUACUGAUGAGAUGAUUACAAGCGACAACUUGGAGUUGGUCGAUUUGAGACACAAUCCCUUGGGUCGUACCUGCCACCGCAAAUUGAAAAAUGCCAGCACGCCAUUCCGCAUUGAAAUCUCCGAGUACAAUGAGGAUGAUGACUGGUAGACUAACGCACAACUUUUCCGUUGUGAAUGAAUUUCAAAGGGAUUGAUUCUCUAUACCCAACUCAAAUUUAAAUGAGGCAUCCAUUUAGCUUAGUUACUAGUAAUAUAUACAUACAUAUAUACUUGUAUGUAACUAAGAGUAUGCUAUAAACUAUUUUUAUACAAAUACGAAUUAACAAAGACUAACAUGACUGCAGGUCUUACACGUACAGACGUUGCUUAGUGAUUAAGUGCAUUGAAAUGUUUGUUACUCACUCAAAGCAUAUAUCUCCGAUAAGAUUGUUGAUGCAAAACUGUAGGCUCCUAAUCAUAAAAACUCAACUUCAUUGAGACUAGUAAUGAAGGCAAGAACUUGUUAAGAAGCUGCUACAUUUUUUAGAGGCCACUACAUUUCGAUAGAAUAUAGACUGGUCAAAUUUGAAGUAAUUUGUGCCAAAAUGUCAUCGAUGAGAGUAUAAAAUCUGUGUAUUUUGUUAGUCAAAAAUACUUUUAAUUAUAUUUUGUCGCGCGUUUAAGAAACGGAGGAAAUGCUAGAAGGCACAAUUUACUAACAUCAAAUAUGUUAUCCUAACCGUGCUUGCAUUUGGAAGCAUCAAAGCUUUUAAAGUUUGAAUACCAAAGAUACUUAAUUACUGACAAUUUAUGAAUAAGUGAUGAUUUUAAUAGACAUUAAGUUAAGACAAAUUGAAAAAUGCGUAGUUUUAAGUUUUUUGAAUGUGAUUUCUAUCCUAAAAUAACUUUUAAUAAAUGCAUAUUAGUUUAGAAUGAAAGGAGAUUAAGCGAAAAAUGCUAGAAAAGUUGAUGGUUUUGUCUGUGAAUAUUGUAGGUAUACUUAAAAUUUCUCAGCGUACUUAGAGAAGACUAGUCAGAAAAAUUGUAUGGUACUUAACCCCAUUUUCGAAACGACUGCCUAUCGAAAAUAACGUAUUUUUAAUUUUUAUGUAUUUUUAGUUGAUUUUUGUAGUGUAUUCUAUAUGUAAAAAUUUUAUUUAUAAUUUUUUUAUUUUUUAUUUUUGUUAGAUGAGCAUAAAUCAUAAUAAUUAUCUGUUUUUGUUGUGAUUAGGUUUUUUAAUUUUGUAACUACGUGCAAUUACCAUU